AUGUCGCUGGCGUCUCGCCUGACUAUUGUGUCUCGCGGAUUGUCGUUGAUACGCUCCAUUAGUUUAUCCCAUAUCCGAGGAUUUCGAACUACAGAUGUCGUUAAGGUGGAAGAUUUAUAUGAAAUUCUAGGUUUGCGGCCCAAUGCAACACAAAAAGAAAUUAAAGAAGCGUUUUAUGCUCUCUCAAGACUCCACCACCCUGAUAUUGCCGGUACCACUGAAUCCGGUUCAAAGUAUCAGAAAAUCGUAGGCGCGUACGAAAUUCUUGGCGACCCUAGUAAAAGAAUGGACUAUGACCGUGGACUUGUUAUUCCUAAAACCGGCGGUCCGCCAUCUUCCGAUUUCCCAACGAAAAUCGAUGUGGAUAUGCUCCGGAAAGCCGAAAGUGGUUCCUUUGAAGCUGAUUAUGUUCGAUCUUAUAAUCGAAGUCUGAGAAAUGCUUGGACUCAGCGUGCUGACGAGAACAUUUCGAAGAGUGCUUUCGAAUAUCGGCUUGAUCAGAGAAGAUUCGCCAUGGUCAUCUUCAGCACCAUGCUUGGAAUAAUGUUGGGCAGCUACGCAGUUGCCAAGUAUUACGAAGAACCAGUUCCUAUCGUCUCUUCUGAUUCGUAG